AAUAUCCUUGUCGAAAAAACUGUCUCAUGUCUAUAUGGAGUCCCACGUGAUUCUUGAUAAUGGUUGCAAGGGAAACGAUCUUGGAGAGUUUGCUCUGCAGCUUCUGUCGUUACUUCAAAACGAACUGAACAUUGCUCGUACAGAAGUGUAUGCAAAUCGAGUACCUUACGGAUUGCAGCUGCAGUGGAUCUUAAAUGGUGGUGUUCCAUUGUUUCUGCAUCUGAAAGACUUUCAAAAAGUGAAACCGAAGAAACGAUGGAGUCAGGUAUUAUAUAUGAACUACGUAAUGAGUUGCCGGGUGAAAAAAUCUUAUGAUUGGAUUGAAAAAAGACUGAAACACUGCGAAAUGGAAUCGACGCCAUUCAACGCCCGUUAUUAUGUCGAUGAAAGGAAAUUCUAUGGUGUAGAUUCAUUGGACAACCAAACAGGAAUACGAGGUGACUAUAGAAUUUCAAUGCUGAGUCAAUUUAGCGAUUCUUCGGCAUUUUCCAGCGAGGUUGACACGUCAUACAGGUCGGAUGAGACAAAGCUGAGUAACAGCCUACAUUCAUCCACUAGCAUAUAUUUCCUUCCAAAUCGCUUGGCUAUUCUCAAGAUGAACGCUAGAUUAUCAGCGAGCAACCAUUCAUCGGUGGACUCUGCAUACGAGCAUGGACUUGAAAAUUCUGGCACUUCAUGGACCCAGCGUACAAUACAUAAUAUGGUUCCCAAUGACGUCAGGAAACCUAUUAACACAAUUAGUGGAAAUUUAGUGAAGGAUACCGCAGUGAACAUCGAGUCGCCGUUCCUUCCGAAUCCUGAGGAAUUCGACAACCGGACAUAUAUUCUAGCAACAGAUUCCGACAUGAAGUUCAGUGACGAUGGAGUACUCGAUUUAUUGAACACUUGUAAUGGUGAUCUUCGACUCGGUGCUGCUUGUGGCCGGACACAUCCCAUCGGCGAGAGAAAUCACCCAAUUGUAUGGUUCCAAAUGUUUGAAUAUGCUAAAGAUUUCUGGAUGACAAAGAGCGCUCAGAAUAUUAUUGGCUCGGUGAUGUGUUGCCCAGGAUGUUUCAGUCUGUAUAGAAUCGCUGCGCUCUAUCAAUUAUUGGAUGAAUAUUCUGAACCAAGUACGGAAUCGAUGGAUGUAUUUGUCAAAGACACAGGCGAGGAUCGCUGGUUGUGUACUCUUAUGAUGAUGAAUGGUUGGAAAUUAAAAUAUUGUACGUACGCUUUCAACACAACUUUCUGUCCUUCUACAAUGGACGAGUUCUUGAAACAACGACGACGCUGGAUAUUAUCUGAUUUGGCCAAUACAUUCCUAGUUUUGAAAUAUCUUCCCAGACUGGUGCGACAUAAUGCCUGUUUUACAGUCAUUUACAUCAUCUAUCUCGUUCAGUUGUUCCUUAUUGUUAUCAUCUCUCCAGGUUCCACCAUUAUUCUAAUUACAGCUGGGUUAGACUUGCUAUUCGAAAUAACAUUUGUGGCGCCUACAGUCUUAGUUUGUAUGAUACUUUUAGGCUAUAUGAUCAUCUGUAUGUUUGUUCCGACGAAGAUUCAAGUCUAUAUCACAACCUUCUUAAUAUUUGUAUUUGGCAUUGCGAUUUCAUGCGUCUUCAUAGGUAUUACCAUCAUUGUUGCCAGAGAUAUUAUCGAAGAUGAUAAAGCUGGCACUCUGGAAUUUGAAGAUGAGUAUAUGUUACUCGUACUCCCGAUCUGUAUUAUCUAUGCCGCCGUUUUACACCCACACGAGUGCUGGAUGUUAUGUCUUGGAUUUUUCUCCAUGUUCAUGGUUCCAACCAUGAAUAUUUUGGUUUCAGCAUAUGCCAUCAGCAACAUUAUAGAUCAAAGCUGGGGGACAAGGGAUUCUAACAAAGCCUCCGCUCCGAAGCUGCUUUGUUUCCCCAAAAUCCGUAAACGUCGAAAAAAGAAAAAGAAGAUAAAGAAAGAUAAAAUUUCUUCCAGUUUGAAUUCUUCCACUCAAAGCUUUAGCCUCUUCGACAAGUAUGAAGAAGAAGUCGAAUACAAAUUCUGGAGGUUUCUACGAGAUUUCGUUAUUGGUUCAACGGUGAAGAUGGGUGCACCAAAGUCGGAAAUCGCUGAAAAACUCCGGAAGUUGCGCGUCAAAAGUGUUUUCGCAUUUCUGACUUGUAACACGAUCUGGAUGAUCAUCCUUGGAUACAUUUACACAAACAUUACAGCCGAAAAGUCUAAGUUGAAUUUAUUUGGUUUAAUCAAUGGCUCUCUGUUCGGGGUUUCGCUCAUCGUUCAAAUGAUUGGAAUGACGAUACAUCGAACCCAAGACACCAUCGAACGUUUUAUACGCAAAUCGAAUAUACACACGAAGCAACCCGAAUGGAUAAUUACAAAAGACGAAAAGCUCGAUGCUGUAAGAAGGAAAAGUGAAAAAUAAAUCAAAGAAAACAAAAAGUAAAAACGAUAAAAAAACAAAAGAGAAAAUCUUGGGAAAAAAUGGUACGAAAUUUUAAAAUAAAUAAAAGCUAUUCUAAAACGAGGUGGCAACGCCCUGGCCUGCGCCCAUUCUGGUGCACUGACUCCAAGCGUUAUUGUCAAUCACAUCAACCUUAUUACUCGUCCCAGUCAGGUAUUUAUUUCAGAGAUCUUUAUUGGUUGGAAAACCAAAUAAGAUAUUUUAAAACGACACCUUUUAAUACACCUGGAGCUUAUGACUGCGAAUCCAAUUUUGUAAGCACAUUCUCGCAUGCUUCCAUCAAUUUACAUGCAAACACAUAAAUUAUACAUAUUCCGUUAUUCUUUUAUACGUUUAAGCAAUGAGGUUGCGAUUAUGCUGGUCCACCAUCGUAAAUUAGUACCCUUUCCAUAGACCUCUUCUGUGGCUGGUUUUUACUGGGGUGGGUAGGAUUUCAUAAUAACUUUCGCAUAUGCUUUUUACUUCGUGGUUAGAGCAUUAGGUGCAUGGCGGAGUUUGACACCAUUGCUUUUGUCUGCAUUUGCUACCGGGACCGUUGGCUAGUCUGGAAUCGAGGUUAGGAGAAUGUCCAAUUCCGUUUUUAAGUUAUCCACAUUGUAUAGUCUAACGUCUGUCAUGUUUAGAGAAAAUGAGGGUUAGAGUCCUACAAGAAGCCUUCGACUUUCUCAAUUCAGGGUGUUUUAACCCAAGCUAUUAUUUAUAGCUCAAUCUAUUUCGGGCUCUAUCAUAAAAAGUAUAUAAAAAUAUAAAUAUAUAAUCAUUAUAUACGUAUAAUAGGACAGCCGUUAACUACUCACGAGUCCUCUGCCUUUUGACAAGC